AUGGGAAUUGAAGACAUGCAUUCGAAAUCUGACAGUGGGAACGAGGUCGUUUCAGAUGUGCAUCAUCAUCACACACCAUCGUCGUCGUCGAUAAAUAGUUUAAACCCUUGGCAACGUGCUGCUGCUGCCUGCAAUGCAAGCUCUAUUGCGGAAGCUGAAUCAAAUGGUAACAAGGAAUCACAAGUCACAACCUCUCCUCAGUCAGCUGGUAAUUACAGUGACAAGUGUCAAGAACUUCUGCAUCCCGGCAUGACACAGUCUCCUCACACUCAGCUUGUUAGCCAUACAGUUGGAUGGUCAUCUUCAAAUCCAUACCAGGAUCCAUAUUAUGCAGGAAUGAUGGGAGCUUAUGGACAUCAUCCAAUGGCUUAUGUUCCGUAUGGUGGGAUGCCUCACUCAAGAAUGCCACUGCCUCCUGAGAUGGCGCAAGAACCGGUUUACGUGAAUGCUAAACAGUACCAGGCGAUUUUGAGGCGAAGACAGGCACGCGCCAAGGCAGAGCUUGAGAAGAAGCUAAUCAAAUCCAGAAAGCCUUAUCUCCAUGAGUCUCGGCAUCAGCAUGCUAUGAGGAGGCCAAGAGGUACUGGAGGACGGUUUGCGAAGAAAACAAACAUGGAAGUUUCACAGCUAAAAGCUGGAGAAAGGAGCAACGCUUGCGUUAAUCAGUCCCCGACAUCGUCUAAUUCUGAUCAACCUGAAGCUUGGAAUGGUGAGUAUAGAAGACAUCAGGACGGUGAGACGCAGAGCUCAGCUUACAAUAGAAGGGACGAAAGCGACUGUUCAGGUCAGCAAUGGAACAGCAUUUCCUCAAACCAUCCUUCUCAAGCUCGUCUAGCCAUCAAGUGA